GAUGAGGGAGAGAGCGAGCGAGGGAGGAAGGCGGUUGCUGGUUGGUUGUUGUAGUAACAGAGCGAAGCGCCGGCAAGAGGAGCCGCGGCUGCCGGGCCCUCCAGGGAGAUGAAGCCGCAGGAAACAGCACUGGUUAGAUUUACUGAUUCUACAGGGAAGAAUUUGAAGGGCCACUCUUUCUGGACUGUAUGAAAACGUUCACAGGAAAUGCCAGUUGGAAUGGCUCGGGACUUAGAAGAAACAGACUCAUCUUCAGAGGAAGAAGAAGAGGUGGAAGGACCAGGGGAGCACCCGUGUAUCACAUGGACAGGUGGUUUUAGAAGAAUCCCAAUCCUGGUGUUUCAUGCAGAUGCUAUUAUAACUAAGGACAGUUACACUCGCUUGAUUGGAGAGCGUUAUCGACUGGCUUUUAAGAUUGUGAGAACAGAUAGUCGCCUUGUGCGCAGCAUUUUAUCUGCUCAUGGAUUCCGUGAGGUGCACCCGAGUAGCAAUGAAUACAAUCUUAUGUGGACAGGGUCCCAUCUGAAACCUUAUGUCCUUCGAUCACUCACAGAUAUUCAAAAAGUCAACCACUUUCCCAGGUCAUAUGAAUUAACUCGAAAGGACAGAUUAUAUAAGAACAUCAAUCGAAUGCAGCAAACCUAUGGAUUCAAGAGCUUCCAUGUCCUGCCUCAGACUUUCAUCCUCCCAGCUGAAUAUCAAGAAUUUUGUAAUUCCUAUGCUAAGGACAGGGGACCCUGGAUAGUAAAACCUGUGGCAUCUUCUAGAGGGCGAGGUGUCUAUUUGAUCAACAGUCCAAAUCAGAUUUCCCUUGAAGAGAACAUCCUGGUCUCACGCUACAUCAACAAUCCCUUACUCAUAGAUGACUUCAAAUUUGAUGUGCGGCUUUAUGUUCUGGUGACAUCUUAUGAUCCUCUUCUUGUCUACCUCUAUGAGGAAGGUCUGGCCAGGUUUGCAACUGUAAGAUAUGACCAGGGAGCAAAAAAUAUUAAAAACCAGUUCAUGCAUCUGACAAACUAUAGUGUCAACAAGAAGAGUGGUGACUAUGUCAGUUGUGAUGACCCUGAAGUGGAGGACUAUGGAAACAAGUGGAGUAUGAGUGCAAUGUUGAGAUAUCUGAAACAGGAAGGAAAAGAUACAACUGGUCUGAUGGCUAGUGUGGAGGAUUUGAUAAUUAAGACAAUACUUUCUGCUGAACUGGCCAUUGCAUCAGCCUGUAAAGCUUUUGUUCCACAUCGUGGUGUUUGCUUUGAGCUUUACGGCUUUGAUGUCCUAAUUGAUUCUACUCUUAAACCUUGGCUACUGGAGGUGAAUCUGUCCCCUUCGCUGGCCUGUGAUGCUCCUUUGGACCUGAAGAUUAAAGCUAGUAUGAUUUCAGACAUGUUUACACUUGUAGGCUUUGUUUGUCAGGAUCCAGGUCAGCGGUUAAACAGGACAUCUUUUUAUUCCUCUGAGGCAAGGAGAAAUCCAUACCAGAAACCUCAACGUCCUGUCUCUGCACAGUCCCGAUCUACAAAUGCCAAACUACGUUCUCGACCUCUCUCUGCUAGUGAUGCUGAAAUGAAAAAUCUUAUGUCAUCAGCAAAAGAGAAAAUACCUGGGAGGCAUGUUGGCUCCAUGCUGGGUCUUUCUAUGGAAGAGAUAAAAGUCCUGCGUCGAGUAAAGGAUGAAUAUGAGAGAAGGGGUGGAUUCAUUCGGAUAUUUCCUACACCAGUAACCUGGGACACUUAUGGAUCAUUUCUGGAACACAAAACCACAAUGAACUACAUGCUGGCCACUCGACUUUUCCAGGAAAGAGGUGGAUCAAGGAGAUGUCCAGUUCUUAAACGAACUCGUUUAGCUCUUGCUGGAGAACUGGGUCUGGAUGUUGUGGACUGUAAUGCUCAGCUUCAUGCUGCUCUUUAUGAGCGGAAACUUCUGUCACUAGAGGUACGGAAACGAAGACGACGUCAUGGCAAACUCAGACCAAGACGGUCAAGACUGUCAGGGACUUUGCAGUCAACUGAUUUUGUUCUCAAGUCAGAAAUGGAAUGCGAAGAGGAAGAGGAGACAACAGAAGAAGAUGAAGAACCAGAAAUACCUCAGAAUGAAACAGCUGAUUGUCUUAAAAAUAUGAAGGUGAAAUCUAAACCACAGUUGUCAGAGCAGAUGGAGCCUUCUCAUCAGGGGAAGUUGACAAAGAACCAACUUGAACAGAAACCUAAAAGUGAAGGGCUACCAUGCGAGAGCAAAUUGGAUACUCUGCCAAAGAGUGUUGAGCUUCCAUUUAAUUUGCUACAGGUUCUUCAUGAAAACAAGAAUCUAAGCAAAGUUCAGGCUCGCAAGGCUUUCUCUGCCUACUUGCAUCGUGUUCAGUUGCGCCUGAUGAAAGAGGCUGGGGAUCAGGUCCAUAAUCCUGCCUGGGCUGCUAAGGAAGAUGAACAAAUGGAGCUAGUGGUUCGCUUUUUGAAGCGAGCAGCAAGUAAUCUUCAACAGUCUUUGAGAAUGCUUCUCCCAAGUCGGCGCCUAGCCCUGUUUGACCGUAGGCGCAUCUUGGCUCACCAGCUUGGUGAAUUCAUCAUCUGUUAUAAUAGGGAAACUGAUCAGAUGGCUCAGAAAAAAUUAAAACAAAAACAGGAGGAGGAGGAAGAAGAGGGUGUGGAUCCUGAAGGUUUUCAUGAAUUUGUUACUAAAGCAAGUGAAAGUGAUCUGGAAGAGGUGUUGACUUUUUAUACACACAAGAAUAAAUCAGCAAGUGUCUUCCUGGGAACAAACCCUGGAACUUCAAAGCCCAGUAAUAGCCAGUUGGAAAACAGAGGCAAAGAAGAUCACGCAGAAAAAUUGGAAGUAACUGAAAAACAGCCAUCUCAAAUUCCAGUGGUUAAGGAAAAUGUGGCAGAGGAGCUAAAAGGUGACCAACCCAAAGAAACCAGACCACCCAGGGUUACUUCUUCACCAGAAGAUGAGAAUGCACCACAACCCCGCCUCCUUAGUGCUUCUUCCUCUGUUCCUGAUGCCAUCCUCCCACAAAGCAUCAGUUCCCCGUUGUCUUCUCAUACUGCUGCCUCUGAUAAUGCACAGCUGCCUGAUCAUCUCUCAGACUUCUCUCUUUCAUCUGGUUCUAGACUGAUUCCUUCCCCAUCUUUCCAAAAUACUGCAAUGGACAGCUGGUCUAGCACAGCAAAAAAUGUGCCCCAACUGUCCUCCAACGAUGCAGGAUUACACCGUUGUCAGUCUGGCAGUUUUACUGUCAGUCCCUUCUCUUCCUUUCAGAGUGCUAUGCAGAUCUACAGCCAAAGAGUGACCCGGCCAUCCUCAGCAAAAGCAGCAGGUACAAGGAGUCACAGCCCAAGCAGACAGCGAAGUGCAUUUGCCAGAGUAACUAAGGAUGGGGAAGAAUGCAAGCGAUUCAGCCAUGGUGUUAUUGCAGCAGAAUUGCACAGAUUGGCAGAGAAGCAGGCAACAAGGCAAUACUGUCCACCCAGUAAUAUAAACCUCCUUACACAACAGUUAACAAAUCUAAAUCUGAUGAAUGGAGCUGUAAACAGAGUACAUACUACUUCUUCCAGUUACCGACCAUCACUCAACCCAGGAGGUUCAUUUUGGGCUUUUCAAACGCACACACAUGCAACUGACAUCAGACCUGCAUCUUUGGCAGUUAGGGCACUCGAAACUGACAGGUUUGCUUGGGAAGGAGAUGCAGAGAACAGCAUACAGAGUAAGUUGAUAGGAAGCCAAACACUGCAUCCCAAGACUUCAUCUAGCACCGGCAGCUAUCAGCUCCAUUUUGCCCUGCAGCAGCUCCAACAGCAGAAGCUUCAGUCCCGACAGCUUUUGGACCAGAGUCGAGCCCGACACCAGGCUUUGUUUGCUAACUUCCCAACGUCCAGCAUCAGCUCUAUCACUCUGUCAUCAGGUUCCCGUGCCCGUAGAACAUCAAGUGCCAUUUCUAGUAGCCAGAAGGCCUCCACUUUGCACAAAGUAAUGUCAUCCCAGAGUGCAUCUUCACACUUGGUCCCUAAGCCCCCAGCAAGCCACAGGCAAGCAGUUAUCAGGAAAGUGUCAUCUCAGAGGAUUUCCAAUGUUUCAUCUAACAGAGCAAUCUCCACAGAAGGGGAAAAGAAUGGAUUCCAGAAUAGCCUUGAUAGUGCUACAUUGUGUGAGCCACUUACAAAUUCCACAGGUCUUUUGGAAGCUAGUCCCCAUAUUAUAUUUGCCAGAACUAGACCCUCGUGUGGACAAACCAGAGCUAUUGAAACAGUAGUAGAGCAAAGAAGAAAAAGACCCGUGGAGGGAGGGCCGGCUUAAGGUAAUGGUAGCUCCAGCUUCAAUUUAUCUUUUGGAAUGAUGGAUUAAGGCGAAAUGAUGAGUGAACAAAUAGUCCAGUGCUUCAACAUGCAAGGAGGAGAUGAAGCAGGAAUGAGUGUUCAUCAUUCUACACUCCUGGUAACACCCAGAUUAACAGCAAGAUCUGUUGCACACUCCAGCAUUUUUCUCAAAGAAAGGGAAACUGAAUGUAGAAGAGGUCUUGGAGUCCAGAUUUGAUUGAGGCUUUCUACUUGCUCUGAGCUUUUGCUGCUCAAGCCUCAGGGCUUCCUUUUCAUUCAUCUUCCAUCUGAUAGUCAUCGGACUGUGGUUACGACUUGCCUAAAACCAAAGUUCUCAAUUGUUGUCUGCAUUAUGUCUCUCAAGGUCCAUGUUUUUUUCCCCAUCUGCUCAGUCAUUUCAGUUCAUGUAAACAAUCACGCUUCAGUGCCAGAUCCUGAGCAAAGUUCAUACUAUAUGACCACAGCUGAUGUGAGAGGUUGAAAGACUGACUAUAGACAUUUGUACUGGCUGAUAUCUUGAAAUUUGGCAGGAAGCCAUAGAAACGCUCAGUCUGAAUAAAGUCAUUUGUUUUGUU